CACCUAUCAGCUGACAUUGCUUAGUCUGCUGUCAAAAAGUCUGGCGUACUAAUAAAGCAUCAAAACGAUCAGAGUGGAACGUCAUUUGGAAUAGUCUUCGGUAUGGACUUUAUUGGAUAGAGAAUUUUGCUGAGUUCUCUAUACCGGGCAAGAUGAACAAGAAUAUGAAUUCGCCGUCGAAGCUGACGGAAUUCGCACCACUAAGUCCUGAGGAGACUCAACCUGUGGUCGCAUCUCUCUUCUCCAAGUUCUUUGGUUUUGGCAAGAGUGCUACUCUCUCCGAUGCAGCUUCGACCUCUCCGAACAAUGAUGAGCAUAGUUCGUCCGGUGAUUCUGAAUCCUGGAAACAAUCGGAGAGUGCGGAGAAGACUUCAGACGAUGAUGCAUCCAACAUUAUUACCUUUCCUUUGGAUACUACAGAGGGUCGCAGCUUACCUAAUGUUCUUAAAAGGAUUAGUAAUAUAGUAGCAUUAAAAAGCAAUAACCUUCAAUCGUAUAAAGAUUCUCAGUUGAGAAGCUAUUGGAUGCCAGACAGUGUUAGUAAACAGUGCUACGAAUGUGGGGAACGGUUCACAACAUUUAGAAGACGACAUCACUGUCGUGUCUGUGGACAAAUAUUUUGUUCUAAAUGCUGUUCGGAUGUAAUACCUGGAAAGAUUAUGGGCUGCACCGGCGAUCUAAGGGUAUGCACGUACUGCUGUAAAGUAGUAUUGUCAUAUCUGCAAUCCUCGGAUAUGGGAAGCGACCUGACAUCUGACCUCAAAGCAUUGCAAGAGGAUUUGAGAGUAAAAUACGGAAACGAUACCUCACCUGUAACACAAAAAAAUGUAAAUGACGUAGACGGCGAUGAGACUCAAAUCUGUCAGAAGCCCAGUGUGGGAUACAUGGAAGAAAAAUAUGCUCUUGGAAGAUCGUCCAGCAGCUACCUGACUUCGCAAGAACGAUCCCUAGCUCUACAAAAUUCAGCUUCCCUAAGGAUGAUCUAUGAGGAACUCUUUCGUUCUAGUCAGGCGAUUUCUCUGCAGACACACCGAAUUCGUUUGAAGAGUUAUUACAAUUGUUUCCUGGCGAGUGAGCUAGUAAAUUGGAUGAUAGCACAAAACAAAGCAGCCACUCGAGUACAAGCGGCAGCGAUAGGACAAGCUUUGCUGGAGGCUGGUUUUAUCGAGCCGGUAUUAUCGGAGAAUUUAUUCACUGACACAGUAACAAUAUUCAAGCCAGCUAAAUUAUCACGAAUGCAAAGUACAACUUUCUUAGUGGAAAAUCAGGCAUCCUGCGACGCCCAGGAACCAGCUUGGGUCAAAACUAUACCUCAACACGAUUCUGCUACUGAUUCAGAAAGUGAAAUGAAAGCCCCACAAUCGGCACCCCCAAUCGCAGCGCGACUUCUGUCUUCGAGUUCCAGCUUUUAUUUGGAUUUGAAUCUGGAAGCUUCGACGGUUACAUUAAAACGGCCGACUUCCGAGGACUUGACUUUGAUUUCGGUUGACAGUGGUAGUGACAGUGCUAUGGAGCAGAAAGAAGUUAAUCUUAAACCUCACGAGUGUAAUUCAGGAGUCUCAGAUGAACUUCUGAGCGACACUCUCCAGGUCCAGGAGUAUAGAGAAAAAAAUGGCUGGCACAAGCCAAGCAACUUACGAGGCGCCUUCGGGGAGCAGAGUGCGUACAAUAACCUGAUGUCUGCGUACAAGCAACACGAAGACUCUCUCGUGAAGCAACUUCUUAGCAAAGAAGGCCUGUCGCAAAGUUGGGCCGAAGUGAUUCUACCAAUCGCUCAUCAAAUAGUCGAUACCGUGCGUCCCGAUUUAAAUCAUGAUGCAGAUGACCUGGACAUCAGACAAUAUGUUCAGAUAAAAAAGUCACCUGGUGGUAGUAGACACGAUUGUGAAAUUGUGUCUGGCGUUGUGUGUAGCAAGAAUGUCGCUCAUCGCGGCAUGGACGCCAUGAUUGCUCAUCCAAAGAUUUUGCUGCUUCGAUGCGGCAUUAUGUAUCAACGAGUGGAAGGAAAAUUGCUGAGUUUAGAACCUGUGAUGCUGCAGGAACACGAAUACCUAGGCCACACUGUAGCACGAAUUACUGCUCUUGGACCGGAUGUUGUCCUAGUGCACAGGUCCGUCUCUCGACUGGCUCAGGAUAGACUUAGAGAAUGUGGAGUAACCUUAGUCCUCAAUGUUAAACUGAGUGUCCUGGAGAGGGUCGCCCGAUGCACAGGUGCGAAUAUCGUGAACAGUAUCGAUGCGCACAUAACUGCGCGAUAUAGACUCGGUACCUGUAAAAAGUUUUACUUGCGCAACUUCCCAAAUGAACGAAAUGGAAUAAAGACUUUGAUGUACUUUGAGAAUUGCGCCAAUCCCCAUCUGGGUUCCACGAUUUUACUUCGAGGAGGAUCCCAGAACGAGUUAAAGAAAGUGAAGAGCGUUACGUCGAUGAUGAUCUUCUGCGCUUACUCUUGGCGACUCGAGAAGUCUUUCCUCAUGGAUGAGUUUGUUAGGCCUCCUUCGCCGAAAGAUAAUUCCUUCCUGGAUGAGACGUCGCAGAAAGAUUCGUCAAAUGGCAUCGAGGAUGCCGAAUCUCUUCUCACUGUUGAAAAGAAUGGUCAUGACCUAGAGGUCUAUAUGCUUCCCGUGUGUGAUUUGAAAUCUGGUGAGAAUCAGGAUGUUAAAAUUCCUUCCUACAGUGCAACUGAGACUUUAAAUUCCUCUAAGGUAUCUGAGGAUCGUCACAGUUCUAGUAAUGACUCGCAAGCGGUUGACAAAUACCAACCUAGUAGCAAGAGUACUCCACUGAAAGAAACGAUGAAUGAAAUUUCCCAGAAUGACAGUGUCUUGUCUCCUGAAACUUACAAGCAAGUCUCCAAUAUUCUCAAGGAAAAUUCUGAUCCUUAUGACACUCUGAAAUUGUUCAAAUCAAGACCCAGGACAUCUGUUGAUGACAGCAAAAUGGUUGAUACAUUACAGGAACAAAUGCCAGUCGAAGAGAAAAAUAAUUCUAUCGAAGAAUCCGGACUUGGCGCGAGCAACGCAGAGAACAAUAGUACAUUGGAAUUAUUUAGUGGAAUAAAAGAUGAGAAAUCGAUUGAAAUUGCAGAGGCAAAGCCUAAACUAAGAGACAAGAUGCUAUCCGAGGAAAAACGAAUCUACGCAGAAUCCGUGAGUGACCGAAGUGACCCAUUGCAUCAAUAUCUAAACGAAGAAGAUGACGUCUUUAAUCAAAUGAGUACAAACGUGCAGCAUCUAAGCGUUGCUGACUUACCAUUAUUAAAUAAAUUCAAAAAAGCUUUAAACGAUACGAUUCUCAGUGUUUCGCCAUAUAUAAAGUUUUCCAUUCCGUAUCUGGAAACAGAAGCCGGGCGGAAUUGCGUCCUGAGACAUUUCUUCCCCAAGGAAGUAUUUUACUCAAUCAACUUUUUGGAUAAAGUCCAAAGUGCCAGAAACAGUAGCUUUUCCACAGAACCUGCACAGCAAGAAAAUCCACUCAUCCAUUUAAAGCUGAAGCCUCAGCAUCCCUUCGUACAAGCAAAAUUAACCACAACAGCAGACAGCAGAGAAGUUCAAACUCUUCUGGCAGAUUUUCGAGCUUGCGGUAGUCGACUCUACCCAACAUAUAACGUAGUAGCUGAUAUUAAAAGAGUUACCGUGCAAAGUGAAACAAGUGAACCCGCAACGAUUCAUCCGGAUUGUCUGGAUCCUGCCAGUCAUCAACGACUUUCUGUCCUCUUCUGCAGCUUCUCGCACAACAGCAACCACGCUCCUGCAUUCUGCGUUAAUCCCUGGAUCGUAAAUAUGGAUUUGUACGGCAGAAAUGACAUCGCCCUGGGCCGAUUCUUAGAGCGCUACUGUUUCACAUCAGAAUACAAGUGUCCAGCCCAGGCCUGUACAGCUCAGAUAGCUCAACAUGCUAGAAGAUUUACCCACGAUGGAGGCUGCUUGCAUAUCAAUCUGAGCGAAAUGAGCACUGAGCCAUUUGGCCAGGAAAAUAAUAACCGAAUUCUCAUGUGGAGCAAGUGUAUGAAGUGUAAAAGUGUUUCACCAGUGGUACCAAUGUCAGAGGAUACCUGGUCGCUCUCAUUUGCAAAGUACCUUGAACUGCGCUUCCACGCUGGUGUCUAUACCAGACGUGGAACUGAUACGUGUCAUCAUUCCUUACAUCAUGAUCAUUAUCAGUAUUUCACUAGAAAGAACAUGCUAGCUGUCUUUCAGUUUUCAAAAAUCUCUCUGUGGGAGAUUUCUCUUCCGCCAUCAGUUAUAAAUAUUAAUUACGAUCCGAAGCAACACGCUAAUGUCAUCGAGGAGAUGAAGAUCGUAGCGCUUAAAGGUGACGAGGUAUUCACUAAUAUACGAGAUAAAUUAGCAUCGUGCCAAAUUGACGGCGAUGCUCUGAACGUCGCGAAGCAACAGCUUGCGAAGGAACAACAAUAUUUUAAAAAUAAGAUUGAAGAGAUUCAAUUGAAAUUAACGUCGCCGACGCUUGAGAAUAAAAAGCUAGAAGGAAAGAACGCUGAGAAACAAGUGCAGAGUCUUAUGUUUAGGAUCGAAGACGGUAUUGUCAUCCUGCAGAGACUUAUAGCGGAAGCAGUAACUGAAUGGAAUGCAAAGAUCUUAGAAGCAGCUGCUAAGAAGAAGGAUGAGAGGCCGAGAAGAUUUACGGAAAGAUCAAAUACUGCCGGAAGUGUUGGGGUUAUUGAAACUGACGGGUAUAUAACCGAAGAUACAGCUUCUGAGUCCCAAGUGGAAGACCUCAGUCCGAUGUCUGCUGAUUAUAACGCAGUUGACGCUAUUUCGGCUGUACAGAGCAAUGCGCAUUCCAUUGACCUCACUGAGAAUUCUGAUAACGAGAUACCAGAGAGUACCAAUCAUGAGGACAUCGUCGUGAUUCAUGGUUCACCAAAGACUCAUCAUAGAUCACAUUCUGAUAUAUUACCUUUGACCUCUGAAGACAUGCUGGAUAAGAAAAAGAAGAAAAAAACGAUUUUAUCACAGUUGCUGCCGUCGGUACCAAUUGUUAAUCCUAUUCAGAAUCCUCUGGGACCGCUUGAACAUCAUCUUCUACCACUAGGGUCAGUUGUACCUAUAGUGGUUUACGAAUUGGAACCAUCUUCGAUAAUCGCUUACGCAUUGGACUCUCAUGAUUAUAAACACGCUCUUCAGGAACUUCUGCGCUCUGCCAAAGGACCAGAAUUCAAUCCUAGUCCACUCUACAGACGUAAAUUUCCUGAGAUGAAAGACAAUGUUUCGGAUAUGUCGCAAUCUGGCGAAUUCAAGAGGCCCUCAGUUCUUUCUUUUCUGAGAGGCAACAGUCCAAAUCCUGCAAGUCCUUUGGAUGCUGAAAAGAACAUCUCAUCUGUCGAACCUAGUGCGCAGAACCCACCUAUGACCUCUGAAAACGACGAGGACAAGCGGAACAAUAAGCAACAAAAUUAUAUAGAAGUUCAGUUCAAUGAGGGAAACACAAAUUUUUAUUGCAGAGUGUAUUUUGCGGUGCAAUUUGCUGCCCUACGAGAAAACGUUUUGCCGUCAGGAGAAGAUGGAUAUACCAGAAGUCUGAGUCGCAGCGUCCAGUGGGCUGCAAGGGGUGGAAAGAGUGGAAGCGCUUUCUGCAAGACCAGAGACGACAGAUUUAUUCUGAAGGAAAUGUCGCGGCUGGAGAUGCAAAUAUUCCUGGAUUUUGCACCAAACUAUUUCUCUUACAUGGAGAAGUGUCAACAGACCAAACAGCCAACACUGUUAGGGAAGAUAGUAGGUGUCUACAGGGUGUCCUUUAAGAAUAAUACAACAAAUGCAGCCCUUCGCACCACCCUCUUGGUAAUGGAGAACCUGUUCUACAACAGAACAAUCACUGAUAAAUUUGACCUCAAAGGAUCAGUAAGAAAUCGUUUGGUAAAUCCAGACGAUAUUGAUCACGAGGGGGAACUGGUUUUACUCGAUGAGAAUUUAUUAAACAUGAGCUGUGAUUCUCCACUAUACAUAAGACCGCAUUCCAAAGCAGUAUUAAAUAAGGCUAUUGAAAAAGAUACCAAAUUCCUGGCAGACAAUUCAGUGAUGGAUUAUUCACUUUUGGUCGGUCUGGAGCCAAACUCUGAUGAACUUGUUCUCGGUAUAAUAGAUUACAUCCGAACGUUUACGUGGGACAAAAAACUGGAAACUAUGGUUAAGAAAUCCGGUAUACUGGGUGGUCAAGGUAAAUUGCCAACAAUAGUGUCACCGGAAGAAUACAGAGCAAGAUUUAUAGCUGCAAUGCAUCGAUAUUUUUUGCCUGUACCAGACAGGUGGACUGGACUUGGUCGUGGCGUCGAGACGCCAUCGGAAUAGCCAAAAAUUUGGAUGUAUUUUUUACAAGGUCGAAGUUACCAUUAUAAUCGUGAAGUGAAUUUUUCUAUCAAUUUGUCAGUUUAUAUUAGCAAAAUUCUCAUGAUAUAUUUACGAGUUGCCUGAUCGUGAAUUAUCACCAGAGGAUACUUCGAUUGUACAUAACUAAAGGAAUUUUCAAUAAAUUUUGGAAAAACUUGUCUUACCAUAGGA